AUGAACGCGACGGCUGGAGACGCGAUGGCCAAGGGCGAGAGCCACAUCGAGGUGGACCCGCGCUUGGGCGAUCUUGCAGCAGUGGAUGUCGCCGAAAAGGCCCCCAUCGUCCUCGAGGAGGAGCCAGCGGCUGCCUACCUCCGCGUGCACAGCGAGUGGGCAGACUACGAGCCAUCAGAGGCUGGAGCUGUGCUCCGCAAGAUCGACUGGCGCCUCAUGCCGCUCAUCAUCGGCACCAUUACCAUUGCUGCGGUUGAUAAAAUCCUCAUCUCCAACGCCGCACUAUACGGCAUGACGACGGACACGCAUCUGGUCGGCCAGCAAUACAGUUGGGUCGGCUCGAUCUUCUAUUUCGGUUGGCUUAUCGCGGAAUACCCCGGCAGCGUCGUUCUGCAGAAGUUCCCGGUGGGCAAGACGGUCGGAGCUGCUGUCGUUGUUUGGGGUAUUCUCGUGAUGUGUCUUGGCGCAGCUCAGAACGCGGCAGGCCUCAUGGCGCUUCGUUUUCUCAUGGGUGUCUUCGAAGCGCCUCUAUUUCCAGCUGUCACCAUCCUGAAUACCAUGUGGUAUAAGAAGCAGGAGCAGCCAGUCCGCAUGGCUAUCACAUUCAUGGCUUUUUCCAGUCUGGUCACGGGCGUCGUCUCAUAUGGCAUCGGUAAUGCCCAGACCGCCAUCGCUUCCUGGAGGCUGCUAUUCCUGGUAGUCGGAGGAUUCACUCUCCUCUGGGGAGUAGUGCUGCUCAUCUGGCUGCCUGACUCGCCGCUGAAGGACAACUUUCUCAAGGGCAAGGACAAAUUUAUCGCGCUUGACAGAGUGCGCGAAAACAUGACUGGGGUGGACAAUAAGGAACUCAAGUGGUACCAAGUCCGGGAAGCAUUCACGGACUACAAGACGUACCUUCUCUUCAGUUUCGCAGGACUCAUGGUCGCCAUUCCCCAACGGUGGCUGAAAAACAAGCGUUGCAUCUCGGAGGCGCUCUGCUGUCUUGUCCCGCUGGCCUGUUCUAUUCUUAUUAGAAUGCUUUCGAGCGAGAACAAGGUUGGCCGCCUCCUUGCUUACUACUUGUUUUACUUUUUCUGGGGUCCUUAUGCCACUGUUCUGUCGCUGCCUAUGGCGAACGUAUCCGGUCACACCAAGAAGCUCACAAUCAACGCAACCGUCCUUCUGGCCUAUUGUAUUGCCAAUAUCAUCGGCCCUCAGGUUUUCAUUGCCGCCGAGGCACCGAACUAUACAACCGGCUACAACGCUAUUCUGGGCUUCGAAAUUGUUGCUAUUGCCAGUCUGGCAGCGUAUGCUAUUGGCUGCCGUAUUGAGAAUAGCCGUCGUGACAAGGCUGAAGGGAGUGACGUCUCUGUUUCGAUGAAGGAGCAGCUAGGGGAUUUGACCGACUAUGAGAAGACGGGGUUUCGUUAUGUAUACUGA